CUGGAGUCAGUUUAUUCCAGGCGGUAGAAGGGUGAACAUGUUGCGUCCAACAUAACACUUGUACUACCUACCUGUCUCACCCUCACUAUGGAUCUACACGCAUAAAAAACAAAAAAAACACACACAACACCGAGAGUACAUUCCAGGACACUGCUUUAACGACGUGUGCUGUUUUAAUCGAUAAAUCACUCAAGACAUGACGGUGUGUGAUGUGUGUGUGUGUAUGUGUGUGUGAGUUAUCUGUGAUACUUGUGGCCUGAAAAAUGCAUGUCGGGGACUCAUUGAUUCGCAAGUAACCCAACAUUCACUCCAGUAGGGGAAGCACAGUCAAGAGGCCGCGGGAAUGGGGUGUGGACGGCGGUGUGGGUGUUGGGCCCUCAGCGAGCUGGAGCUGGAGAGGUCGAGACACCAGGCCACCCUCGAGGAGAACACCCGCUACCAGAGACACAUACAGGAGCUUCGGGAUGAGCUAUCAACUCUUCACUCUACCGUAGCUGAACUAGAGAGACGCUACUCUGACCUCUCCGCACGAUACAGGGGCACCGUGGCCUCUCUUGAUGAUGUCAACGACACGACACUAAGGCUGAAAGAACACUCGUCUGACUUGGUUGACCAGAAUCGUCGACUGAGGACCAACUGUGAAAAAUUAGAAGAGGAGGCACGGAUCCUGAGGGAAGAACUAGAGAAUGCCCGAUCACAGGCCGAGGAGGAACACCGCCGGCGUGUGUCGAGUGAGGUGUCUCUUAGCCGGGACUUGGUUGACACCGAAAGGAAAUGUCAUGUGAAAAUGCGACGAGCCCAUUCCCUCCACGACAUGGAUAAACAACACCUGCAACAAGACCUGGACCGUCUCCAACACGCUCUCCACCGGGAGAAAAAGUCACACCAAAUGACACUACGUGACUACUACCGCUUCUAUCCUUUCAGCUACUGCGGACCCCACAGCAUCUACAACUGUCAUGAUUGCUACCAUGAUCCCAUGCUGCUCGAUUAAUUUGGUAGCUUUAACAUGAAACGAAAGUACUUCACUUUGUUAAUUUAACAUGGAUGUAACAAACUAAAAACGGGAUGCCAAUACUGUUCAAUUAACAUAGGACUAGGAGCUAAAUACUUGACACCUAUGUUACUUAACCAUCAAGAGAACCAAGAUCUCAAAGAUUACGAAGUUCUUUGAUUUACACGGAAAUUAAGGCGGUAGUAUAGGACACCCAUGUUGAUCAUAAAACAUAGUACUGCAGACCUAAUUAGAAGGAUAUCUAAGUUGCUUGACUGAUAUAGCGGUUAAAAUUAAGCAUCGAGGUACUGUACUCAGAUUAUUAGCUGCUCUGGUCCAGCUAGGGUUAUGACGGAGCCUGAGUUUGUCAUUGUGUCCUGCUUCGCUUGGUGUCUGUUACCGUAGCCCAGACUGUUGUUAUAUAAUUGUUUGCUCUAGAGGAGAAACUGCUUCGAAAACUAGACCAAAAAACAAGAAUUAGAAUUUACCAUAUCUAUACAGAAUGAGUUAUUAAGUUAAAGUAUGUUGUUAAGUUAUCUGUUCGAAAAGUACACACCAACUAGUUAAUUCCUGUUCACUGUGCAAAAUCUAUUACAAAAAUAUUAAAUUGAUCACUUCAAGAAUACAGACAACUAGCUGAUUACUAUCUUGCCAGAAUAAUGGUUAUAUAUAUAUAUAUAUAUA